AGGAGGGGCCACAGUGGGAAUGUGGGCGGGGCUACGUGGCCUGCUCCGGCUCCCGGCGCGAAGCUCCAGAGGUGCGUGGGGAGUGCGCGCCUGUGGCUGCCUCCUCCGCGCCUCCCAGCUUUUCCGAGGAGGCGGCCCCAGGCUCCGGCUCCCGGCGCGAAGCUCCAGAGGCGCGCAGGGAGCGUAAGCCUGGGGCCGCCACACUGCGCCCCUCAGGCUUUUGCUUCUAGAGGGGGGGCAACUGCCCCCCGCCCCCUGCCUACGCCCAUGUUCAGGCACAAUAUUUGUAACACUGUAACAAUUUUAGGCAAUAUAAACCAAAAACGGAUACAUUUAAUACACUUAGUCCAUUAUCUGAACAGCAGGAGGGCGCUCAGUCGACCAUGCAAAGGCUGAGCUGAGUGCUUGCAGUUUGCAGGCAGCUUGCAGCAGGCUGUAGAUUCCGUCCUAUAGAGGACGCUGUUUGGUAACCUCUAUUGGCUAGCUGUCAGAAUCUAGCGUUUCAAAAAUACAUACUGUAGUUCAUUAAUAAGUUCCAUUCAUAAAAUACAGAGUCCGUUUACAUGGAGACACAGAGACAGUGUUUUCUUGUAUUUACAAAGGUGUGUGUGUGUUGCGUGUGUGCGACUGAUGGGGAGAUGGGUUUGGGCUCAUCUCCCGGGGCUUGAGGGGAAGGGGGAAACCAAUCUUAAAGAUGUGCCCCCCGUCAUUUCCAUAACAAAGGUUUUUGCGAAUUGUGAGUAGCUACUAUACUAACGUGGGUGGCGCUGUGGGUUAAACCACUGAGCCUAGGGCUUGCCGAUCAGAAGGUCGGCGGUUCGAAUCCCUGUGACAGGGUGAGCUCCCGUUGCUCGGUCCCUGCUCCUGCCAACCUAGCAAUUCGAAAGCACGUCAAAGUGCAAGUAGAUAAAUAGGUACCACACCGGCGGGACGGUAAAUGGCGUUUCUGUGUGCUGCUCUGGUUCACCAGAAGUGGCUUAGUCAUGCAAAGGGAUGCCAAACCCCAAGAAGUCAACAAACCAGCAUUUGCCAUCUGCAGGAGACAGUGUUGUUGCAGAGAACUGUUUCCAGGUCUUUUUCUUCAACACCAAGGUUGGAAAAGAGGAGACAAGCCUUUGUCUCACCAGCUUUCUGUAUAUGCUAAGGAGAAUGUUGCCUUGCAAACUGCACACAGCAGUUUGUGUUCAGCCAAGGGAAAAUCAUCUUUCCCUCAACUUAAACUAUUCCCAAGGCUUGAGGAUAUGUUUAAAGUACAAGCAGUUUCUUGGAACACCCCCAACUUUGAAGUCUUUAUUCUAGAGAUUGAAAAGGCAGUGAACACCAAUGGUAUGGGCUGAAACCACCAGGAUGAGCAAGGGAUGUUCCACUUGUGCUUGAAAGCAAGAGUGUGGACUCUCCUUCAUUGGAGGUUUUUUCAUAAGAGGCUCUCAGCAAAGGCUUUUGAACCGCCAGUGCUGAUCGGCGAGGAAUCCUCGAGCUCUGAUCAGCUUACAUGGGGGUGUGAGAACUCGGCUGCGCCCCAAAGUGACUCCUCUGCUCCCCGGCAAGCUCUUUUUAAGAGCUCCAAGAGAGAGCUCGGAGCAACAUGGCUACCUACCUGUAACCGGAAAAAUUGUUUCCCCCUUUUCUCUUUAGACAAACAAUUGAAGUACAUUGUUGCAAUAAAUACGGUACAAAUUAAUUAAAGCAAAUAAAUAAAUAAAUAAAUAAAUAAUAUUUUGUUGUUGAAAGUUAAGAACAUAGUAAAAUCCUCUAUUUUACCCUUCAAAAUAUGUCAAGCCUAUAAUAUGUGACAUUCCCUUUAAUAGGCGGAGUGGCGAAGUUCGCAUCACGUGCUUAGCCCCGCCCAAUCGCCGGAUGUGGGGAAGGGCCGGAAGGAUGCAGCAAGUGUGUAGGGGGAGAGAGAGACUUCCCGCAAGUGCGAUGUCCGUCAUCGGUCGCCGCCCCCGAGCACGUGAUGUGGCGUCAAGGAUGCACUCUCUGAAGCCGGGAGGCCCACGGGCAGCUAUCAAUGACGCAUGGUCGCGGCUCGCUCACUGAUUAGCGGGCCGCGGCUAAAGUGUUGAAGGGGAAGGCGAGAGGUGGAGGCGGCAGCGAGCAGCAGCGCUGUGCGCUGCCCCUCCCCCGCGCCCCAUCUUAUUCCUCAAGGCGUGCGCGAGGCGGCGGCGCGUGGCAUCGGCGUCCCCCUCCCAUCUGCGCCGUUUUCUCCCCUCCUCCUUCCUUUUCCACGCUUCCCCCUUUUCUGCUCCCUUCUAGGUCAAGGCCAUGACCGACUUCAAGCUGGGUAUCGUGCGGCUCGGUCGGGUGGCUGGCAAGGUGCGCUCGGGGCCCAUAUGGGGUGACGAAGUGGAGGAAAUGGACCUGCGUGUCUGUAUGCGACAAAGUACACACUGAUAGAUGAGCAAGACAUUCCACUUGUGGAGAGUUACACUUUUGAGGUUCGAAUGGAGGUUGACGCAGAUGGAAAUGGCGCUAGAAUAUUUGCCUUUGCAUUUGACAAAAACCGAGGAAGGGGGUUUGGAUGCCUGCUGCACGAGUUACUGUGGGAGAGACAUCGUGGGGGCAUUGCCCCAGGUUUUCAGGUCGUGCAUUUGAAUGCAGUGACAGUGGACAAUCGUCUAGACAACCUGCGAUUGGUUCCAUGGGGAUGGAGACUCAAAGCUGAAGAAAUCUCUAGUAAACAAAGAGAGCAAAGCUUAUACUGGCUGGCGAUCCAGCAGCUUCCCACAGACCCCAUAGAGGAACAGUUUCCGGUGCUGAAUAUGACGCGCUAUUAUAAUGCUAAUGGGGAUGUUGUGGAAGAAGAGGAGAGUUCAUGCACAUACUACGAAUGUCACUAUCCUCCCUGCACAGUGAUUGAGAAACAGUUACGAGAAUUUAACAUCUGUGGGCGGUGCCAGGUUGCACGAUACUGUGGUUCGCAGUGCCAGCAGAAAGACUGGCCGGCCCACAAGAAGCACUGUCGGGAGAAGAAGCGAGUCUUCCAGCAAGAGCUUGAACCAGAACGAUGACCAGCUGGUCGAGGCCUUAUGCCACCUUCCCAGAAGGUCAAGGAGGAGGUGCCCACUUUGCACGGACUGCUUGGAUUGCUUACUUGAAGCCAGAGGCACUGAGAAAGAGAAGUGUUUUUUUAAAAAGAAAGAAAGAAAGAAAGAAAACAAAGCAAUCCCUGUGAUGCUUGAGGAAAGGAACUGACUCUCCCAUAUUAAUGUCAAAAAAGAGAGAAAAUGUGUGAAGCAAAAAAAAAGACUACUGCGGAAGGUCUCCUGCUUGGAACCUUCCUGUUAUUUAUAUGUUAAUAUGUUUGUAAAGUUGUGUACAGAGGGGGUUUUUGUUAGCAGUUCUCUUAUAUAGGGCUUGUGUACUGUAACAUUCAAGUGAGAACACAUUGUUGGUUGAAAUAACUGUCCUGUAGCAAAAAGAGAUACAAAAAAAGAAGCUUUUCCUCACCCUGUGGCUAGGAGAAGACCUGGGCAGCUAACUCAGGACAUCAGCAGUUAAACCUGAACAACUCUGCAUGGAAAGUUGUGUUUUCAAGUAAAGGAUUGGAAUGGCU